AACAUUUCACUGCAUCUAAACAGACAUUUCACAAGGGAAAACAUUGUUUAGGUUCACUGCACACCACACAACAGAUGCAAUUGUGUUAUUCUCAGGUCAUACAGAAAUUAUAGCUAACCAAGAAUUAUAUAGCAACACAGUUUCUGAAAAGAUGAAUCAACUCAUUAUUAUACUCAGUCUAAUUGCUGCACUAAUGCAACAAAGUGAUGGCUAUUCAUCAGGAGCUCCACCUGAAGCUUGUUCUAGCUUACAGCCAAACCACGAUGGAGCUUCAUCACAACCAGCGGAAACAAACCCAUAUGAACUAGAUAUCGAAGAAUUUCUUACUCCAAGCGGUGUACUUCAAUAUGUGCCUGGGGUCACUUACACAGUGAUACUACAAGCCAACAAUUCCAAUUCGGUGAGUUUCAAGGGCUUUCUAAUUCAAGCAAGAAAGAUCAGGUUUCCUGACAAUGUUACCGGCAUUUUUAAUUCUUCAAACAUCAACGAGUAUGGUUUUCAAAGUUGUGAUCAAGCUCAGUACCCCCUAGGCAGUGCAGUUACCCAUGUGAAUGGGAGCAAUAAAAUGAACGUUACAUUUGAAUGGACAGCUCCCCUAAAAGGCUCAGGUCCAGUAUACUUUGUAUACACAGUGGUACAGUCAAUGCACAUCUUUUGGGCUGAUUUGAGAACUCCUGAAAUAAAUGAACAUCCCUGUGAACCACCGAAAUACUUAUUGACAGCUCACUGCACGGACGUGUGCCCCUUUGGUUCCUAUGGAGAUCAUACAACAGCAACUUGCCAACAAUGGCCAGCAUCAUCUACACUGGUAACUAAUGCCACAGCCUAUUAUUUGACUCUCGAUGAGGCUGAUGUUGUAGUUGGUAGAGGAGUAUUGAAUUACACAGUGAUAGUGAAUGAAACAGCUUUUGAUAGCAUUUCGGGUAUAUUUUUGACAAUGUCACAAACCGAAACAAUUCAGAAUAUAUUUAGAUAUGACAGCGGUUCUAGAGAAAAGGAUUAUCAGGGUUCAUCACUUGCAAGUUUAGACAGACAAAACAAUUUCAUUGUAAUUCAAGAACAGAUCUUUCUUCGUGAUACAAUUCCUGUUCAAUUGUUCAGUGACAAUUUGGCUAUUUUCAGUCUAAAUCUGAAUGCAGUGGUAUUUGGGAGUCUAGCAGACAGUACUAUGGAGGUACCCACGGAUAUUGAUACUUCCUUGUUUGUUACAAUCACUGGGACGCCAGAUCCCUGUCAAGAUGUAACCUGCCUAAAUGAAGGAAUUUGCAGAGCACUAAACACAGGUGGAGAACUCAAUUUCACAUGUGACUGUCAUCUGGCAUACACAGGUCAAUUCUGUGAGACAUUAUUUGACCCAUGUGCUCUAAGCCUUUGCCUUAACAAUGCCACCUGUGAGAACAUUGGCACUACAAACUACACGUGUGACUGCACUAUUGACUUUACUGGUGAGAAUUGUGAGAUUGAAAUAGAUCAGUGUGCCUUAAACCAAGGAGUGUGUAACAAUGGCACGUGUAUUGAUGGAUUUGGUAUUUUCUCUUGUGAUUGUAUCGAUGGAUUUAUUGGUGCAUUUUGUGAAACGGAUAUUAAUGAAUGUGAGAGUGCUAGUCCUAGCUGUCAAAAUGGAGUGUGUAUAGAUGACAUCAACAGCUUCACAUGCGAUUGUUACCCAGGCUGGUCUGGUGACCUUUGCGAGAACGAUAUAGAUUAUUGCUCAUUUGGUCCUGCUCCAUUUGGUCCCUGCAGUGACUUUGGUAGUAGUGAGUGUAUAGAGGAGAACAAUACAUUUUUCUGCACUUGUUUGACAGGUUUCACAGGAUAUACGUGUGCUGUUGAUAUCAAUGAAUGUGAUGAGGCCCCUUGCUUAAGUAAUGCAACCUGUAACAACCUACUUAAUGGAGCGUACACUUGUGAUUGUACUCCAGACUACACUGGUCUUAACUGUGGUAUACCUCUGUUCCCAUGUAAUGGUAGACCUUGUAUAAAUGGUGGAACAUGUAUCGAUGCUGGCCUUGGAAAUGGAGCUUUCUCUUGUAUGUGUGCUAUUGGUUUCACAGGAGACGCUUGUAAGACUGACCUCGGGUUUUGUACUAAUUCAACUUGUAUGAACAGUGGUAUUUGUGUAGAAGGUGUGGGAACAAUGACAACUUGUGAAUGUGUUGACGGAUUUUCUGGACAAAAUUGCGAGCUAGAUCUCCCAUUUUGUAAUAAAAACUCUUGUCGCAAUGAUGGUACUUGUGUUGAAGGAAUUGGCUCUUUAACACAUUGCGUAUGUAUAGAUGGUUUCAGUGGUGUUGAUUGUAGACUAACCAGUGGUUCAAGACUAAAUUCAACAAUUGAUGUCACUCAAGAUUUGUGCAAUUUGGUUUUUGGAAUACCAUGUACCAAAGCUACGAUUGGUGGUGUGGUUGCUAUAGCUAUUGGUGCUUUUUUUCUAAUAUUGUUUCUGUCAACAUUAAUGCUACUAUUAGUAAUGCGGUACAAACUGCGUCAAAAGAAGAGAUCCUAUAAUGUGGCAGGACCACCAGUGGUAGGAGGUGUUAUAAAAUCGAACCCUGUCUUUGACAGUAAUGUUGAAGGUGAGUUCAAGAAAUAAAUGAGUAUUAAUAUAGGCACUCAAAACUAACAAUUAAAAAGAUGAUUGAUAUGCAGAAAUUUUGACUCGUACACAAAAAUGGAGAAAGAAGAACCCUACAUUACUUAUUAGCUGACCAAUAUACAGUUCUAUCGCACACCCUUGAACUUUUAAUUAUAUUAGCCUAUUCAUCACCCAGUUACAAAUUUGUGUAUAGCUAAAACAUAGCACAUUCUGUCAUUGUACUCCACCUAUUUUGUUGCAGAUGGUUCUGAUUCACACAUGCAAUAAGGAUAGCAAUUAUUUUGAAGUG